AAUUAUAAAAACAAUUAACAGAUUUGAGUUUACUAAUUUGAUAAGAGAAUUUCCAAGCUGGCGCGAAACCGCUACAGUAUCAGAUCCAUCUCUGACACUCAACCGCACAAUCACAACGCUUGCUAGACAUGCAGAAGACGGCACAAGCAUGGUUCACCGGAGGUCCGAGCACUGCCAACUCAAACGACCACCAACAAAAGCCUUCGUCUCUGCUGGCUGAUUGGAACUCUUACGCCUCUUCCCAAGAAUCCGAUUCCUCCGCAUUCGAUCUCGAGGCUGCCGUCCUCACCACCACCGACAAAGUCAGCGGCACUUAUUUUUCAAAUUGUUUUAGGGUUUCAAAAGGAGUCAGAGAGCUACCAGGGAGUUUUCAGUCUGCUACUAGCAAUGUCCCUUCAGGGAAAUCUCUGAUGUACUUUAGCUUACUUCUAGCUGCUGGCGUGUUCUUUGUCUUCAUUGCAUUCACCAUGUUUCUUCCUGUCAUAGUUUUGGUGCCUCAGAAAUUUGCCAUCUGCUUUACUGUUGGUUGUGCAUUGAUUGUUGGUUCAUUAUUCGCUUUGAAAGGUCCUAAAACUCAGCUUGCUCACAUGUUCUCUAAAGAGAGACUUCCGUUUACAUUGGGAUCUAUUGGUAGCAUGGUGGGAACCAUCUAUGUCUCUAUGGUGCUUCACAGUUACAUUCUUUCCGUGCUCUUCUCUGUGUUUCAGGUUGUUGCACUGUCAUACUAUGCAAUUUCCUACUUCCCUGGAGGAUCAUUUGGACUAAAGUUUAUGCCUUCAAGUCUUACCUCUUCAAUAUUGAGAUGUUUUGGAAGGUGAAAUUGAUAUCUGGUUUUCUGCAAUUCUUUUAAUUUGUAGAAUUAUUCUUUAAAUUGUUUUGUAGAUUCAAUCUUUUUCAAUAUAAACUUCCGAAUAACAACAUUAUCAGUUUGUUUAUUAUUUGGAAUUGAAUACUUAGUAUAUUUAUACCUCUGAAGAAGCAUUCUGAGCUCUCUAGUGGCAGAGCAUGUCACAGACAAGAAAAUCCCUCUCCC